GUUAGAACUUGAAAUAAUACUCGAAAAGUAGAAAAUGGCGUUGGCAUCGAUCCGCCGGUUGUCAAUUAAUUCGACUUUCAACAAUUUCAGCCAUUUGGUAGCCACCGCCCGCCCAGUUACACCAUUUUUUUCAUCGUUUGUAAAAGAUUUUUCAACAAAAGCCAAAAAAAUGGGUCUUCCACGUUGUUUUUUUGAUAUGAGUAUCGAUAACCAGCCAGCCGGCCGUAUUGUUAUUGAGUUGAGAAGUGACGUAGUACCCAAGACAGCUGAAAAUUUCCGUUGUCUUUGUACUGGAGAAAAAGGUUUUGGUUACAAAGGCAGCAGUUUUCACCGUGUCAUUCCAGGAUUCAUGUGCCAAGGAGGUGAUUUCACUAAUCACAAUGGAACUGGUGGAAAAUCAAUCUAUGGAAACAAAUUUGAGGAUGAAAACUUCCAACUUAAACACACAGAACCUGGUGUAAUGAGCAUGGCCAAUGCUGGACCUGGAACUAAUGGAAGUCAAUUCUUCAUCACAACUGUCAAGACAGGAUGGCUCGAUAACAGACACGUUGUUUUUGGCAAAGUUGUUGAAGGCAUGGACAUUGUCAAGAAGAUUGAAGCUUAUGGAACCCAGAGUGGAAAAACAUCAAAGAAAAUAACAAUUGCCAACUCUGGUGAAUUGUAGAUUCAUCAAUUUUCUCACAAUGAAUUUACAACUUCCAUCUACCUGUUGCGUAACAUUGUUUUUUUUUUUUCUUUCGUAGAUCAAAUAAGUUUGAUGUUGAAAUAUUAAAACCAUAUUUUUCCUUUCAAUUGAUGGAAAUCUUCUAGUGCAAGGUUUUUAACCUUUUGUUUUUCAAUUAAAUUUUCUAAUGAAGAUUUAAAAAAAAAAGCACUAAUUAUUUUCAAUUUACAAUUUUGCAUAAUGAAAUUUUCAAUUGUAAUUGA